AUGGACUAUCUAUGUAACGAAGUAGAAGACAAAAUCAUGGCGAAGAUCUCUGAACUUGACGACCGUAGAGGAAAACGCCAUCGGAUCGACCUCAUUAGUCCCCAAUUCGUAGACGAGCUCGAGCGAGUAAUCGACCUGAUUGCAACUGAUCAGUCGUUGCCCCCGCAUUUGAAGCCGGCUUUAGGUUAUCUGUUCGAAAUGAGGAAGGAGCUGAACGAAGUCCCAGCAAGGACUGAGCGACUGUUGGAGGAAAACAAGUUAUUCAAGAAGAACUGCAUGGUACAGAGUGAGAUAAAUAAACUUAUGUCUCGAAUUGAUUUUCUCAAGAAAUCUCUGUCUGAUAAGUCUCCUCUCAUAGCUGGUAUAAGUGAAUGCGACUCGCAAGUUCUCUCUAUUAUUGUUUGCUAUGACGUGGCCUAUAUCCGUCGUAUUAAUGAGUUCCGUUUCCUUGACUCUCACCCGGAUAGCGUUUACAGAAUAGCCAGAUUUACUCCCGGUAGGCCGCGCUUUCUGAAAGUACUGUUACCAUUUCUACUCGUCUUUGCUCCUUGA